AUGGACUCGCAGUCAGACAACACAGAUUCGCCACUGAGUGACACGGCAGAGCCUACGUCAGAAAAAGCAGAUACGCGAGUAAAUACUUUAUCGGGUCUCUCUCAACAUUCAACUCGGAGUUCAUUAACCUCGGCUCCAGAUGCUCAUUUUGUCCAAGAUGAAUCUGAGGAUAGCAGUAUUAAAGUAGUUGUGAGGGUAAGACCAUUGAACGAUGGUGAAAUAACACGGCAUGACAGUAUGGCUAUUGAAUUGCCUGGUAACAAUAAUGUUGUGAUUGAUCAGCCUGGAAAAAAGAAGUCAUUCACAUUCAAUGCUGUGUUUGAACUCAGCGCAAGUCAACAAGAUGUUUUUGACAAUUGUGGCAUAAAACAACUGAUUGAAAUGUCUAUUGAUGGAUAUGCCAGUACUGCAUUUGCAUAUGGACAAACUGGUUCAGGGAAAACAUAUACUAUAACUGGUCCAUUCAACUUGAAUGAAAAUCCAAACCCUGAAUUGUAUGGAAUGAUCCAAAGAUCAUUUGAGUAUUUAUUUAUGAACCUUCAGAAGAAUACGGAUAAAGCUGGUAUUACUUAUACUUUAAGUGCUUCCUAUUUAGAAAUUUACAAUGAACAGGUCAAAGACUUGUUAAAUCCGUCCCAACGAGACAAUUUACUUGUAAGGUGGUCCAAAACUAAAGGAUUUUAUGUAGAAAAUUUAUUCCUUGUGGAAUGUGAGACGAUAGAUGAUAUGCUAGCAGUAUUGGAAGAAGGUUUGAGUUAUCGUCAGACUGGUAGCAAUAACAUCAAUGAACAUUCCAGUCGUAGCCAUAGUAUGCUCACAAUAUUUAUUGACAGUGAAGUGGUAAACGAUGACACACUGUACAUAACUAAACAAGGAAAGUUGAGUUUUGUAGAUUUAGCUGGAAGUGAAAAAAUAAAAGAGUUAGGUAACACCGGAGAUCUUCUGUCAGAAACUACAAAUAUUAACAAAAGUUUGCUCACACUUGGAAAUUGCAUAUCUUCUCUUAGUGAUCCCAAAAAGAAAAAUGGUUAUAUCCCUUAUAGAGAUAGUAAAUUAACUAAACUACUAGCAGACAGUCUAGGUGGGAAUGGAGUUACGCUGAUGAUUGCUUGCGUAUCUCCAUCAACCUACAGUGUAUCUGAAUCCAUGAACACCAUAAGAUAUGCAAACAGAGCCAAGAAAAUCAAGAAUAAACCAGUUAUUAGAAUGGACCCAAGAGAAAAACUUAUCAUGAGUUUAAAACGAGAAUGCAAGUUGCUGCGUUCUGAAAAUGAUUAUCUGAGAACACAGUUCACAAAGAAGUUGAACGGAGGAGAGAUUUUACAAUUACCCAAGAUGCAAACUACAACCAAUGGGCAUGUAGCUGUUAACUCAAGUAAAAACAGUCAAGUUAAGAAGGUGGAGGAUGUGAAAAAAGAGAAAAGUACAAGAAGGGAAAGUACAAACAGUUCUAUAAGUACAAGUUUAAGCAUGAAAUCUGCCGCUGAUAAUGGCUUGUAUGAAAUGCUACAAGAAUAUAUGGUGGAAAAUGAGAACUUGAGGUCUGAAAACAAUGAGUUAGUGGGUUCCAGGGAACGGGCCAGAAGAGAACAUGAGCAUUUAUCAAAAGAAAAUGAUAAACUUGUGCGGAAGAUGGAGGACUUAGAAAGAUAUAGUUUUUUUAGCAGAACCAGCUCUGGAAGAUCGUCCAGACCGUUAGUAUUAGGGAGUGUCAACUCGUCAUGGUCUGAAGCCACUACUGCCCUCUUCCAACAAGACACUACCCCGCAGAUGCAGUACCCGCCCCCUCAGUAUCAACAGCCUUCAUUACUACCUCGACAGUCUCCCCUCCAGCAACCCCCUCCAGGUCAACCCCCUCCAGGACUCCCUGCACAGGCAUUUCAACAGUAUUCUCAACAACAACAGCUGCCGCCCCCACCACCACCACAGCAGGCGUAUCAAGGAAUACCACAUGGCAGCAAUGCUGGAGCCGCAGCUUCAAACCCAACAGUACAAAGAGACACCAGAGUAAAUGGACACCAUCAGCCACCUCUUACUUAUAGAAAAGAACAAGUCCCUCCAAAGAAACAGCUACAUGAACUCCCACCAGUAGACAACAUGAAAGGUGUGCCUAACAAUUACAAGGCAAGCAAACAACCACCAUAUCAACAACAAAAGAUACCAUCUAAACAGGUGUCACCACAGCAACAACAGCAAGUAGUAACAUCCACAAGUAAAAAUAAACCAUUGGAAAGUCCCCGAGGUCAAGAUGGUGGGAGUUAUGUAGAUAGGUUUCAACAGCAGCAGACAUUUAACAAAUCCUAUGGACCUCCAGUGGCAAACCGUCCACAUGAACAGACCACGCCUAGACAGGCAAAUAUCAAUAUACCCCCUGUAAGAGGACUGGAAAGAAAAGAUGAUUACGAGUCAGGUUCACCUCAUCAAACACAGAUACUCAAACAAGUUCCAUUAAGCACUAGAAGUAGCACUGAAAAGCUUGCUAGCAAUAAACAAGUUAAAAGUAAAGCUGAUAACAAAGUAACUUCUGAUCCCUUUCUAAAUGACAUCCCACCAACACCUGUAGCCACUCCCCCUGCAGUGAAAUACACACCAAAAGGAUCACAUCAAAUGUUACAAGUGUCAACAUUGGAUGUAUCCCAAAAUGCAAAGCAACCAGGUAACUGGGAUCAAAUAAAUGAUAAACUACGUGAAGAGCUUCAAGAACUAGAUGGUGAAAUAGAAUACAUGAAAUAUAUGAAUAAGUCUCAGACAUCGACAACAACAACAACAACAAAACCAACAAAUAAACCAGUACCUAAACCAAGGAGAAGAUAAUACUUGGUGAAUUACAGUUAUCGUCAACAUAAGAUAUGUAGCCGUAAUCUGUGACUUCUAAUAUGUUUGAAAGAACAUUGAUGACAAUAUUUCAGGAAUUUUUUGAGAAUGGAUAUUGAUAUUGCAGUCAAUGUGGACAUAUGGACACGUUUCUGAAUGGACCACUGUGCACAAAAUAUUGUUAUUUGCAUGGUUUAAUGUGUUCAAGGUAGCAGCAGAGAAGAAAUACAUUUCUAACUAAAAAAACAAAUUUGUUACUUUCUUGACUGGUGUUUAGCUGUACUGUCACAUAAUGAGCUACAAAAUAACGUUUCUUCGAUUGCUUUUAUUAUUCGUCUUUGAAUUAUGAUGACAAGAUCAGAAAUGUUUUGCAAGUGUGCUCCGAUUUAUGAUUGAAUGCAUAAAAAAGAGCU